CCGUAUCGCGUUGGGAUGUAUGCCCUCAACGCAUACCGCAUGAGUCUCGAGGUUUUGGCAGGCGUACUCCCACUAAAAGAUCGCUUCAAUUUAUUAUCUCUUCGGUUCCUCAUCCGGUGUAAGGUUAUGAACCCAUUGGUGAUCGGAAAUUUUGAGCAACUGAUCGAGCUAAAUUUUCACUCUGGAUUCAUGAGUUCAUAUCAUGAAUUCAUCUCCAUGCAGGUUGAUCCUUCUUCGUAUAUUCCCAACCGUGUUUGUUUCCCUGACUACAUCAAUUCCUCUGUGCAUUUUGAUCUGUCCAUGAAGCAAGAUAUCCAUGGAUAUUCAGAUUACCAACGAUCGAGGAUCGCUCCAACGAUCUUCGAUGAAAAGUAUGGGGGUAUCAAUUUUGAUAAUAUGUACUUUACUGAUGGGUCCACUAUAAAGGAGUCCACAGGAUUUGGAGUUUUCAACGAAUUUUUUAGCACCUCACACAGUCUUCAGAAUCCUUGCUCAGUGUAUAUUGCUGAAUUGGCAGCAAUUCAUUGGGCGCUGGACAGCGUCGCCUCACGACCUGUUGAACACUAUUACAUUGUAACGGAUAGUCUUUGCUCUGUCGAAGCUAUCCGUUCAGUGAGGCCGGAAAAGCUCUCGCCGUACUUCCUUGAGAGAAUACGAGAAAUUUUGAGUGCUUUAUACAGACGCUGUUAUGUCAUUACCUUUAUCUGGGUCCCUUCACAUUGCUCCAUUCCGGGUAAUGAGAGGGCUGACUCAUUAGCAAAGGUAGGUGCAAUUGAAGGUGAUAUUUAUCAGCGUCAAAUCGCCUUCAAUGAAUUUUAUUCUUUAGUCCGCAAAAAUACCAUCGCUAACUGGCAACGCAAGUGGAAUGAAGAUGAAUUGGGCCGGUGGUUUCACUCGAUUAUCCCUAAGGUUAGCCUCAAACCGUGGUUCAAAAGUCUAGACUUGAGUCGGGACUUUAUUCGCACCUUCUCCCGACUCAUGUCCAAUCACUGUUCGUUAGAUGCACUACUCUUCCGUUUCAAUCUUGCCAGCAGCAAUCUCUGCGUUUGUGGCCAAGGUUAUCAUGACAUCGAGCACAUUGUUUGGUCGUGCGAGGUGUAUCUGGUCGCCAGAUCGAAUUUAGAAAACUCCCUUCGGGCCCGAGGAAGACAGCCCAAUGUGCCGCUAUAGAUAUUCGUGUGUGAUUGUCCCUACAUCCUUAUACCCUCCUUUCCUUCCUUUGCGGGUAAUUCGUCCCCUUGCUAUAAAUAGUAGAAUAAGUUGAAAUGUAAAUACACUAUAGAUAUACGAAUAGAUUUAUGAAAUGAGUGUUCAUCAACAUUGUUACAAUUUCCUUAUAUCCCAUCCUUCUCCUAAAAAUAUGUCACCCUCCUAAACUCGAGUACACCGCGAGUAAUCGGUUUUCCACCUUACUAACCAUAGAUGUAAGAAAAUUGUUUAUAUAUAUAUAUAGUUUUAAAAUUAUAUUUAAGAAUUCGGCUCCUUUAAACUUAAGUAACUGAGCCUGUAAA